ACUCACCAUGUUUUCCGUAGCCUCAAGACAGGUCGCCCGAUGCGCAGUGAGGCAGCAAUGCCGUGCCUUCAGCUCAACUCCCUCUGUAGGGGCUGCUGCUGAGGUCAAGAAGCUGGGUGUCAUUGGAGCAGGUCAAAUGGGCCUUGGAAUAGCUCUCGUAGCAGCACAGAAAGCCUCUGUACCAGUCCGGUUAAUUGACAAUUCCCAAGCAUCAAUCGACAAGGGCCUAAAGUUCGCGGACAAGCUUCUCGAAAAAGACGUCGGAAAGGGCAGGAUCUCCAAAGAUGACGCCGUCGCAGCAAGAGAGCGAUUAACGUCUAGCACUUCAAUGGACGACCUCUCAGACGUCGACUUCGUAAUCGAGGCCGUACCGGAGAUCCCAGACCUCAAACACAAGAUCUUCUCGCAACUCGCACAAAUCUGCCCAUCACACGCUAUCCUAGCCACCAACACCUCCUCCAUCUCGAUUACCAAGAUCGCAGCGAGUACAACCACCGACCCAACCGACCUCUCGGCCUCAUCGCGUGUCAUCAGCACACACUUUAUGAACCCGGUCCCCAUUCAAAAAGGCGUAGAGAUCAUCACUGGCCUUCAGACCUCACAAGAUACCGUCGAUACCGCAAUUGCCUUCUGCGAGAGGAUGGGCAAGAUCGCUUCCAAGUCCGCCGAUAGCCCGGGUUUCCUCGCGAACCGCAUUCUCAUGCCGUACAUCAAUGAGGCCGUCAUCUGCUUAGAGACAGGCGUAGGUGCUAAGGAGGAUAUUGACAGUAUUAUGAAGAACGGCACGAACGUACCUAUGGGCCCGCUUCAAUUGGCGGAUUUCAUUGGUAUCGACACGUGUUUGGCCAUCAUGCAGGUUUUGUAUCAUGAUACGGGUGACUCCAAGUACAGACCUGCGGUGCUGCUGAAGAAGAUGGUGGAUGCAGGGUGGUUGGGAAAGAAGAGCGGGAAAGGGUUCUAUGACUACUAGGAGAGUGGCAGCCCAAACAUGAGCAUUGAUAAAUAGCAACUUAUUUCGUCAAAGCACGCCCUGAACGUCCUCGCAGUAAUUUUCCUGACAACCCGUAGCGCGGAUCGCGUAGCCUAUAGCACAUCACCAGAACUCCAGUAUCGACCCAUUGCGACAACACAACUACUCCCCAGCCCAACUCUCCUUUGCCCAUACCCACUCUCUCAAAGCUAGCAUCCAUAGACUUGUCGGCUCAUCGCUCCCAUCAUACAACUUUACAC